AUGCUGCAGUGGCUGGAGGCUUGCGGGGCGGACUUGUCCCUCAGGCCCCAGGAGGCGCAGCGCCUCACGCAGAAGCUGGGGCCCCACCUGGGCGGCAGCUGCCGCCUCAUCGCGCGGCCGUUUUUGGAGGAUGCAUUGGAGAAUCCGCUGGACCAUGCUGAGCACAUCAUCCUGGCAACAGCGCAGGCGCUACGCUCACAGUUGCAGGCACCCUGGUCGCAGCUGGCGGAAGUGUUGCGGCGCCGUUGGACGCAGACGCCGCCGGCCUCGCUGGCUGCAUCUAUGCAGGUCAUGCCGCGGAAGCUCGUGGCGGCGCCGAAUGCGCUGCGGCAGGCGCUGCUCGCCUCAUGUGAGGAGAAUCCUUUCGCGUUCCAGGAGAUGCCCUUGCAGCAUCUCUGCGCCAUCCUGGAGGAGUGGCAGAAGUGCCGGGUGCCGGUGCCACUGGCGCUGCGCCUGCUGUGGCUGGUGGCGGCGGACCGUCACGUGCUUCGCUUCACCUCCAGACAGCUGGUGAUGGCUUGCAGGCUGGCCAGCGCGGAGGACGUGCAGGACCUGGAGCUCCCGGAGGAGAUGACCUCGGACCCGCCAACGCUGGCCUUGCAGUGGUUCGACCGCUGGCUGGAUUCGGUGCUGGCGAACCUCUUCGGCUGGGCCUUCUGCCGGGAGGCGCUGCGGGAGGUCUUGGCCUGGCAGCGGCGCUGCAGGCGCCGGAAGCUGCCAGACCAGGCUGCACAGGCAGCUGCGGCCAAGGUGCUGCAGGUGGUGGUCGAGCGCCUGGGCACUGAGGAGCUGCGGAAGGACCUCGACGAGGUGCCUACAGAGCUCCUCCUGGACCUGCUGGCUUUGGAGGCCAGCGGCCUGGAGGACAAGCUCAUUGAAGAGCUGACGAGGAGAGUCCAAAGGGCCUUGCAGAAGGACAAAGCGGUGGUGCCAAUGGCGACGGCGGUGCGGAUUGCGUGCGGACGCACGCCGGUGCCGUGCCCCAGGGGCUCACUGCUGUGGAGCGCUUUGGCCUCCUCGAUCGCGUCUCAAAUCAUCUCGAAGCGUGAGGUGGAUGCUUUCGGCGCCUGUCGCCCCCGCCCAGACCUGUGGGACGCUGUUGCACUGCUUAAGGCAGGCAGCUGGCAAUCUCUAGAGCUGCAGCUGCGACGGCCAUCUUCCUGA